UGAGUGCAAAAAUGAAUAAUUUUCCAACGGCAGCAACAACAACUGAAACGCUACCAAAGAGUGGCCAUGUUAAUGAAGUUUGCAAAGAAUGGCUGGUGCGUGAAGAUGGUGCCUUGGCCUAUAAACUUCAAUCCCAAGAGAUUACCGAUUUUUAUAAAGGCAAUCGUAUACGCAAUGCUGUGGUAAGAGAAGAUUUCCCCACAGCCUUGCAGGAACAGAUCAAAGAAAAGGAGACGGCUGAAAAACAAGCCGAGGCCUAUCGGCGUAAAUUAAAGGAACAGGAGGAAUAUGACAAACGUGUGGCCAAAGAAAUUGCCGAAAAAUUGGAAAGAGAUUUGCAAGAACAACGUUUGAGAGAAUUGGAAAGUGAACGGAUUGCACAGGAUAUGCAGGCCAUCUAUGUGAAUUUACCACCUGUACCCCCACCAUCGGCACGUGACAAAAACAAGGUACCACCACCCCGACCAGCUAAAAGUUCCACUUUGUUACAACAGCAACAACAACAGUCCAUAUCACCACCCAGUGGCCAUCGUAAUCCACACAGUCCACAAUUUCCUAUACUAUUGCAACAACAUCAUUUCACCUCCAAUACCAACACCACCACCGCCGCCGCCACAACGGAUGGUUGUUAUGUUGGUCUAGCAUUGCAUGCUACCCCAGCACAACAGCAGCGGUCGCCAACCCACACCAACACCAGUUGUAGUAGCAAUAUCAAUAAUUUAGUGGUAGGUGGUGAUCAACAUCGAUUGUCACCAACUCAGCUAAUGUCAAAACACCAACAAUUACACUUUCAUUCACAGCAGUCAUCACCAUCACCAACAUCCUCAUUAUCGCCAUCGUUUACCUAUCGUGCUGGAGUACCGGCCAAGGGAGGAUCGCCCAUGAAUUCAUUGUCCUCAUCAUCGUCUGCCUCGAGACGUCAUCAUGUAAUUGAGAGUCAAUUAAAUAUGCCGUUGCCGGGUCACAAUAAUGGCUAUCCACAACAACAACAACCACUAACACCCACAAGUCCACAUACACCCCUUACACCCAAGACACCCAAUAAUACACAUGCCUUUAUGCACACUCCACCACCACUGCCCCCCAUGAAUGGUGGCACACCUCCAUCACCCCAUGUCUCCUUCCAUCAUCCCGAUGUUGAGGAAGUGAUUGAAUAUUCGGAUGUUUGCGACAGCAUUAGACGUUACGAUAUGACGAAUAAAUCCUCGACGGAUACCCUUGAUUCCAAAAUUUCCAUGUCCAGUCGUCUAAUGUCGUCACCCUCAAAUGACAAUUUACUAAAGAAUGAGCAUGUGAAAUUUCAGAAACUCUCACCGGAAAAAUAUGACAGUUUGGUGGGUAAUAACAAUAGCCAAGGUGCUGUGGCCAAAGAACGUCAAAUGCAGGAGCAUGCCGAUGAUAUUGAAUUGUAUGUGGAUCCAUGUGAUUAUAAGGAAUUAAAGGAAAUCGGUUUGCCCAUGGGUGAGAUAAAGGAGAUCAAUGCCAAAUUGAAACAGGAACAAAAGGAUGAGCUCUUAGCUCGCCGCUUACAAGAGCUGGAAGUUACCGAUGGCAUGACCCUGGAAGAACGUGAUCGUAUGCUGGCCAUUGAAGCUCAAGACAAAGAAUUGGCUAAAAUGUUACAAGAAAGGGAAAAAGCCAAAGCCAAACGUGCCAAAGAGAAGGCCAGGCAACGUAAAAGUCAACAGGGUAAGGAACCCCAUCAAAUAGCCAAAGGCUUAACACACAAUGGUGUUGGUCAUUAUCCAUAUCCCGACGAUGGUGGUAUGCAGACAUCGACCAGUAGUAAAGAUCCUCUCGAUUUGGAAGCCUAUUCCAGUCCCAUCGAUGUGCUCAAACACACACAACGCACACAAAACGGUUGCCUGACAAAUGGUAGCCUUCAACGUGAUAUUGUCAGUCAACAGGCACGACAUGCCAGUUUGGCUAAGGAUGAUGAUAUUUAUACACUGCCUGUGGAUAGUUGCCGUCCUGGACCAACACCACCAACCACGAGUAGUGCGAGUUUGCGACCAGCCUCAAUGAAUGUGUGUGCGGAAACAAUUCCUACGAAUGGUGGGAUACACACUGGUGGUUAUUCACAGAAUUCAAUGACUAGUCUCUUUCUUUUCAGAUCGGAAAACUUUUCCAUACACUCACAUGACUCGGUUAACUCACGACACAGCUCCACAUCGAAAACACAAUCAGAUCAAAAGAACUCAAGCCCCACACCACCUUACAUGCCAAUUCAAGGUACGCGACGAUCAAAUUCAAGUGAAGAUCGUAAAAAGAAGUCCAAGGACAAUAAAUGUACCCAUCAGUAA